UGUCUGUCUUUGAGACUCGCUGUCAAGUGAUCAUGGAUUGUAAGCAAAAUAGCUUAGAGUUUGUUGAUGAAGGAAUAUAUAACUGUCAACCACAGGAAGAACAGGCUCAGUCGUCUAAAGUUCAGUUGCCCGAAGCAAACAAUGCUCAGGCAGAAUUAGACCCUGAUAAACUUCCAGAAAGCUUGAAAAGCAACUGGGUUCUGGUUGUCAUUCUAUUGGUUGCCGAGACAGAAUCAGCUUCUCAGCUUUCGUUACCCAGUGUUGUAAUGAGUAUGGGUUUCGUUCCUGGAGCAAUCUUUCUAGUUUUCUUCGGAAUUAUGGCCAUGUAUACCGGCUUUCUGAUAUCCGACAUAUGGAAGUCACAUCCACUUGUGCGUAACUAUGAUGAAGUCGUUGGAAUUCACUUUGGGAGAAUUGCCAAGGAAGUAGCUUUAUGGUGCCAAGUAACUCUUUUGUUUUGUUUCGUUGCUGCAAACAUUAUGGUUUCUGCACAAGCAUUUUAUAUUGCUGCCAAUCAAAAGACAUGUUACAUUGUGUUUUCCGUGGUUGUGACAUUGAUAGGUAUUUUAAUUUCAGUUCCUCGAACAUUGAAAGGAGUUGCAUAUUUGUCCAUAUCUUGCAUUAUCUUUGUAGCAGUCCCUGAAAUAAUGACCUUGACAGCAGUUGCAGUACAGAACUCUCCAGAACCUGACCUAUCCAUUGGAGCAUCCUCGGGUGCUUCAGCUUUUGCUAUAACAAACCUCGUUGAUUUCUUUGUAGCUAUUUCGGAUAUCGUUUUUGCUUAUUCGGGGCACCUCCUGUUCUUCAAUUUGAUAAUAGAAAUGGGAAAUCCAUAUGACUUUAAAAAGGCAGUUUUUUGGGGAUUCACCAUUAAUAUUAUCAACUACCUUAUUAUAGGUCUAGGAAUUUACGCAUAUACUGGAAAUUAUUCACAAAGUCCUUAUAUACUUAACAUUAUCAGCUCGUCUGUGC